UGAAAAGAAGGCCACGCAUCGGCCAAUAGCACCACCACUUUCAAAAUCUUGCCACCACAACUCCUCUCUGUGUCCUCUGGAACUGCUUACGUUCUCUUCCACUGACGGAAUCAAAUUGAAAACCGCACUAGGGAUUGAAAUGAAUGGUGCUUCCUCAUCCGGUGGUGUAAGAGCUGCUUUAUCCUAUUGUGUGCAGCAAGUACGAAGUUAUGAUUAUCAUCACUACCUUUGCCUUCUUGAACUUCCUAUAAACAUGCGGAAGGCUGCAUUUGCACUCCGAGCUUUCAAUGUGGAGACGUCCCGAGCUAUGGACGUUGCUUCUGAUCCGAGAAUUGGUCUUAUGCGCUUGCUGUGGUGGCAAGAAGCUUUGGACAAGAUCUAUUCCAACCAGUUAAUUGAGCAUCCAGUAGCUCAGGCCCUCGCUUCUGUGGUAUCUGAGCACAAGGUUAGCAAAAGUUGGCUGAAACGAGCCGUGGAAGCUCUAAUAAAUGAUGCAAAAAGAGAAAAUAAUGAAAUUCCACAAACUGUUGAAGAAUUGGAGCGAUAUGCUGAGGACACAACUUCAACUAUUUUGUACUCUACACUUCAAGCAGGUGGUAUUAGAUCCACAACGGCAGACCAUGCUGCUUCACAUAUUGGUAAGGCAAGCGGCCUUCUUUUGCUGCUUAAAUCACUGCCAUACCAUGCUAGUCGAAACCAUCAGUUUUCAUAUAUACCAGCCAAGGUGGCUGAGAAACACGGAUUGUUGGUUCACCAAAGUGGUCAGUCAGAGAUCAGAAAGGACUCGCGCGAGGCUCUUUGUGAUGCAGUAUUUGAAAUGGCAUCUGUCGCUAAUUCGCAUUUGCAGAAGGCUCGAGAAUUGGCUGGAAGUGUGCCAGCUGAAGCUCUCCCUGUACUUUUGCCUGCUGUGCCUGCCCAGGUUAUUUUAGAUUCUUUUACUCGGGUGCAGUUUGAUGUGUAUGAUCCACGGCUGACACGUGGAAUUUUAGGGGUACCCCCUUUGUUGUUUCAGUUGAAACUGAAAUGGUAUUCAUGGAGGGGUAAAUACUGACAUUACCUUUAUGCCUCUGUUAGCUCCUUUAGCGUUGGUCAUCCGCCAUUGUUUUCUGGUUUUAUCAGAUCAACGUGUGAAGCGUGGAUGAAUAUUAUUUGUAGAAUAUGCGUCUUAAGCAAGUUUAAUAUC